AACCGGAAACGGAAACCGCAUGGAUUAGUGUGUUUACAACUCGCAUCAUCCCGUGUGCAACCGGCGUUAGCCUGCCUCCCAAGGAAACAGAACCACAGCCGAAUUUUCUUUUACAAGCCGAUUGUCACCAGAGGAGAUCGCAUCUCAAAAGUACAGCCUUUUCCCUGUCUUUUUAGGAGCGGGAGUGGGGUUUAUAGAGGGAUUUCUUCCGCAGCGUCUGGUGGUCACCCACCAUCUGUGGAAGUGGGACAAGGGAACAGAUGGCGCACCCAAGCCGGCCUGCAGGGCUGCUGACGCUUUCUGUUGGGACAUAUUGUAGAUGAGUAUCGAUCAUUAGAAUUGGUUGCUUUCUCUCUCCCUUGUGCUUCAGUCUGUAUUUUUUUUUUUUAGAGAUUACAAUGUUGGAGUGACUUUGAGGAGAUUUUAAGACGAGACCCAUCGCGUUCUGACUAAAUUAAUGCUUGACAAUUCGACCACUUGCAUCAGCUUAAUCCCCUUUGACGUGUCUCAGACUCGGUGAACAAUGGUCGAUAACCGCUACGCUACGGCUCUGGUCAUCGCCUGCGUGCUGAGCAUACUGGCCACUGUGUAUCUGUCCGUGGCCAUCGGGACGCAGCACUGGUAUCAGUACAGCAGCCCCACCGUGCGCGGGGAGGCCAACGUGUCCGAGCUGCGCUCCCUGUACGAGGAGUUCAUGGAUGGGGAGUUUGAUGAGAAAACCUACAGCGACACCCUGUUCCGCCUCAACGGGACUGUGGGCCUUUGGUGGCGGUGUGUUCUCGUCCCUUCCAGUGGUAACUGGUUCAAAGAGACAGGUAUGUUUUUACAAUUAUCUAAUCAGUCCAAUUACAUUGUUUGUGAUCAGAACCGACUGCUGAGUCAUGGGUUGUGUUUUCAAGCGAUUGAGAAUGAGCCCCACCUGUUCUCAGGUAGAUGCCAUCAGGUGUGGCUCACCCAGGCAGGAGCAGAUAAGCAGGAAUUUAUUACCCUUGGGCUGCUGGUGCUGCUAGCUGUACUGUGUGACUGUGACUUUGACCUGUUACAGAUCUGUCAUCCUGUAGAUUUAUUGAUCACAGAAAUAGUUAACAUCAACUAAGUCAUUCUCAGGCUGUGCCUUUAUUUGACACCAAUGAAUGGCAUGCAUUCAGCCUCCAGCAGCUUAUUAUUUUCAGUGUCAGUAUCUGAUCACUUGCUUAGUGUCCUGUGAUACAUAACUUAACAUAUGUCUGACAGUAGUUUGCAAAGUCAUUUCGAGGUGGUCCUACUGGGACACUGACUUAUGUAGGGGUGACAUGGAGCGCACCUAAAAUCUUAAUAUCAACAUCCAGAGAAGGCUCAUAAAAAUAAUCUCAGUGGACAUGUAGUCAGAUAAAGAGAGGCUCCGAAUACAAAUUGCUUAAGCAUCCAGUUUUGGCCUACUUCUUCUUAAAAUUGUCUCUAUAUGAGCAGGUGUCAUUUGGGAGUGCAAGUGAUAUCCUACUGUGCCAGCAAGACCGGUAAUACUCAACCAGUCUGUCGGCUUAAAAAUGGAAAGAUGUUGCACCGGUGUGUAAAACACAGUCUGUUAGAAUGAAUAAGUUUUGUCUGUGUUCCUACUUGAGAUUAUUUUCUGUUCUAAUGAUACAAUGCGUAAUGUGCGUUUUUCAGAUGCAAAAUUGGUGCUGGAGUGUCGAAGCUUCAGUCUACCUCAGCAGUUCACUCCCAAAUACAAAGAACCAGGAAACCACAACAGUGGAGAGGACAUGCUGCGCACAUGUAAGUCAAGUCACAACAAGUUUUCUCUUAUUUAAUAUUUUCAUUCUGAUAGUUGUACAAAAAUCUAUAACAGGCUGAGCCUCUUUUCUGUCAAAUGCAUGGAUAUCAUAUAUAAACAGUUUCCUUUGUAAGGCAGAAGUAGGUGACUGAGACUUAAACUUUUGUGUCCUGGUGCAUGUAUGAAUAGACUUAUGGAGGUGCCAGUUUGUGCUGCCGCUGGUGUCCCUGGGUCUAGUGGUGUUGGCCGGCCUGAUUGGGUUUUGUGCCUGCCUCUGCCGAAGCCUCACCCCCACACUGGGGAUAGGAGUUCUUCACCUGCUGGCUGGUAAGACCCCAUUCAGCACCUUAAGACCAUUUGUCAAGUGGCUAAUUUGAUCAUACCGGUGGUUUAUAAAGCACCCAAAAAAGGAUUUUGUUUUCAAUGGCUUGAAAAAAAAACAUUUUAUGCCAUGAUGCAAUGGUGAUAUUUUAUGAUGCAUUUAACUCCAAUCUUCCUCAUGUGCAACUAUGUUGCUCUGCAGGUCUCUGCACCUUAGCCACAGUGUGCUGCUACCUGGCUGGGAUGGACCUUCUCCACAGGGUGUCAAUGCUGCCUGAUAAGGUGGAUGGCUCCCUAGGCUGGUCUCUCUACUUGGCCCUCAUCUCCUCCCCGCUCCACAUGAUGGCCGCUGCCUUGCUGGUGUGGGCGGCCCGCAGCCAUAGUCAGAACUACUACCGCAUGACUGCCUACAGGGUGGCAUAGACAGAGAUUCAGCUGUAAAUCUCUGCCCUGCUUCAUUCAUACACCACUACGACACCAAGAUGCUUUUUAUUAUGAUCUCAGAGGAAUGAGAUGUGGGUUAAUCUGUGCGUUUUGCCCUCUGAUGGAUUAAAGUGCAGGCACUAUCUGUUGCAUCAAAAGAUUAAGGAGAGUUCAUGGAAUUGGUUUGUGGAAGGUCAAAAGAGAUGAUGUCGCAGCAUAUGUUUGGUUCUGGGUAACAGUUCAUGUUAUGCAUAAAUUCCUUUGCCAUUCUGAAUAAGUAAUGUGUUUGUGUUGCAGAAAUGGUGUAUAACAGGAAAACUGCAGUUCUUUUAGUUCAUUGCUGACAUUUAGGAAUACAUCAGCAUUGCCAAAAAAGUUUGUCAGGACUGGACACUAGAAAGUUACACAAGACCAAACAAGUUUUUUUUAUUUAUCCAAAGGUAAGCCUCUCUUUUUUAUCAUGGAAAAUUUAGUAAUCGUUUAUAAGCCAAACAGGUUCAACAACCAGAGCCGUGAGGUUGAUUAUAACAAUUCAUAUGAACAAUUCUUUUCAAUUUUACCUUCAAACCACAGAUUCACCUUUGGGUGUGGUGACAUGUCCCUUUUGUGCACAAAUCAAAAACACAUUACCACAACAGAGAGGUGUACUCGACACACCCUGAACUUGUAUCCAUGGAGGUGCAGCAACACAAAGAAGCCACAAUAAGAUAUUCAUUGUCUCAGUAGAAAGCCAUCUGUAGCUGUAGCUUGUCUUUUACUUCUUUAAGGCAAGAAGAGCCAGUAAAGAGUACAGAGGGAGAGGGAUUUACUAUUUAUACUUGUACAACUUAAGACCUACCCUUUUUAAAGCAGCACUUAUUUAUUCAUUUAUUUAUCUAUUUAUUUAUUUAUUUAAUCUUGGCUUUUAUUAUAUUUUUGUUCACCCUUUGCUUUACUUUCUCAGCCAUGUUUAGAUAUUUUCAACAUUUUGAUUAACUUUUGUAGACUUUUGUAGUAAUUUUUUUUUUACUUCAUUUGUGUUUCAUUGUAUAAAUGUUUCCCCUCAUCCUUUUGUUUGUUUACUUAUAUUUAGCAUUAUUUGUUCAAUUAGUUCCCCUUAUAAUUAUUAAGUGGUGUCCUCAAAAAAAAAUUUCACAGGAUUUAAGGGAAACAGCACUUCCCUGAAAGGCAUUAUGAAUGUAACUUUAAGGCCAUAUGAUGAUAAACUUCCUUAUUCCUUUGCACUGAAAAUAUUGACGAGCAUAUCCUGAACAUUACUGUAGUAGUCAGUAGUGACUUUCUAUUUUUGACAGUAUUUAUGAAAUGAAAUCGAAACGCGUUUAGAUAAGAAUCAUUUUAACCCUAAAAGCCAUGCUUCAGUCUGCAGAACAAAUGAAGUUCCAGCUGUCACAGUCUAAGAAGUGAGGAAUAUGAAAUAUUAAAUGCACUCUGUGUGUAUGUGUGUGCGCGUGUGUGUGUGUGUAAUGGUUCUUACUGUAAAUCAGAUUGUAAUUUCCGUAUUCAGCCUUUGAUUUAAAACUGUUCGAUCCAUAAACCCAUUAGAGCAUAAAUAUAACAUCAGACACUGUAUGACUGUGCUUUUGUGAAUCAACAGUGAAUUAUUUGUGGAUUUUGUGGACCUGGAAUUUUACACUUAAGCACUGUAUGUAAGGAUGUGUGUGUGCACGUGUGUGUACUCAUGAUUUGUUCAAGCAUCAGCUGUCAUUUCAAUAAAAGCUUUUUGUAAAAUUUAUUUUACAGACAUUCAAGUCUCAUUAUGGGCAUUGAUUACUGUCAUCACGUCCUGUUUUUUCAACAUGCGUCCUCAUUCCUCUUCUUCGGAUGCAAAUCCCAGUUUGUUGGCUUGUUCUUCCUGCUCAGUUUGCACCCUGACUGUAGGAAUCAUCACAUGCUUUUUUCUUGCCAAGGAGAGGGCAAUGCCCUUUUCAUAAUAUGCACAUUCGUUGAUGAAAAAAGGAUAAAGCGCUUCUUUCCCUUUAUACCUCAGUGUUUCACCUGAGAAAGUCUGAAACAUCGGGUCUCCAGGAUGAAGCAGGCAGAAGUCUCUGUCCUGGGGUGAUGAAAAGACAAAGAAUUAGAUUUUUGCCAACACUUCACAUAAAGAUUAGAAAGUUUUAAAAAAAGUUGGACAUACUGGGAAUCUUAAUUGUUUGGUUGAUGUGGCUUUGAACAAGAAUUUUUUUAAAAAGGCAGCAACAUAUUACAUUUCUAUUCAGUUAAUAUAAAAGAGCCGAUAGACCUGGAAUCUUUAAUCUGCUUUUAAAUGUUAAACAAACUGCUGCUAACAGGGGUAAGGGUAACAAAACUGCAUGAAUUCACUGCUAACUGGGGCCAAUUAUACAGAAUAUUAUGUAGACCAGAGGUUUUCAUGUUAUUUUUACUCUACCUCUAAAGUCUUUUACACCCCGCUCUUUAAUUCAAGAGACUUUGUAUUUUCAAAAGUCAAACCAUCAGUUCAGUCUUUGUGUUGACAUUUUGGGAUUUCAUUAUAACUUGCCUUUUAUGCCAUAAAUGUGUCAAACAUAAUGUUCUGUGAAGGUCUUAGGCUGAAAUACGAGUAUAACUGUGAACAGAGUAAGAGUCUGUUUGGAUUUAACAUUAUGGAGUGACUUUGAUAUUUGAAAAUCCUUUAAAUGGUUAAACAGGUUCUACUUGUUUGCUUUAGGGAAGAUUGGUUCAUUAAGUCAAGCUCAAGGUUUUUAAAGUCAUAGUAGCCUUUUGUUACAAAAUACUCAACCCAUUUCCUUGAGCCCCAAGACUCAGUCACAUAGUUUAAGAUAUCCUUCAAAUUUAUGUCUCAUGACUUUUGGAAACUUUUCACUUUAACACUUUGAUACAGUUCUUUAUAAUGUGCUUCAAACUAACAAGUUUUUUUUGUCUCCAGUACUAGUGGUAUAAAGGCAUACGUUUAUUCUGUGCUUUCAGUUUGUUACAUAAUUCAUUUUCUUUCAGGUUAGUCAUCAUCACAGAUGAACUGAUAAAAAAAGGCUGAUCUUAUACAGAAAAUACUCUGUCACUCAAAGCAUUGUUGACCAACACCUUUAAACCGCCUCUGCAAACAUAACCACGGAUUAAAAGGAGCAGCUGUCUGACAGAAUGAAUAGAAAUGCUUUAGUUAAAUUUACAAUGCAAGUUAUGUAAAGGAAAGCUGCCUUUCAAUGCUGGGUAGGGUACCAUUCAAGUGCACUAUCACCACGUCUGAUCUGUCAAUGGAACUGUUUCUAUUAUUCUUUCCAACUAUUUCAUCAUGUUCCAAGAUGGCGUGAUUGUGUGACGAUGUUUUGCAUUUUUUUUGUUUCAUUCAGCCUUGUGAUUUGUGACAUUUUUACAAGAGUGACCGCAACAUAGAUGCGCUUGCCUUCAUAAUCUGAUCAUUUUUAGUAAUUUGUUUAAGAGUGCGAAUUAAUUUUGAUAAUUCUUUGCUCCGUUAAUCUGUAAACUUAAAUCAUUUGAUAGCAUCAGUAUGAGACGCCCUGAAUGUAAUGGGUUAACUACAUUAACGAAUUCUAUUCUAAGACAUCUUCAGGGUUCUUGGGGACAGUAUCAAGUAAUUUACAAAAGUUUUGACACUCAAAGUCUGCCGAUACAAGCACAUUAAAGUGCUUAUAGUAUUGCUUGUAGUAUUUCUUCAAUGUUCAGUUGGGUUAGGGUUAGGGUUAGAGCUGCUGUGUCACAGGAUUCACAAGUGUCAUAUAAUAAUAUAUGGCAUUCAGUGCAGUUUUUUUUUUAAUUACUGACUGGAUGCCUUCAGGGUUAAAUAAGCACAGCAGAUUUCAAAUGGAAUGUAAACCAUGUUGCGGACGUCACAGACUUUAUUAUGUCUUUGGUAUGGAGCCAUCUCAGGAAAAGGCACCACCCUGUAUUGUGAACACCAGCUUUGUUAAUGGUUGAUUAAUACAAGGAAAGACACCACUUAAACAAAUUCAAUAUUUCUCAACACUAGACAAUGAUACAUACAAAAUGCUCGGUAUGAAUCGUCUGGUGUACGGUAAAAUACAUGUGAACAAAAAGUCGAAUCAUGUAAUUUGUGCUGACCUGUCCUACUCUGUGUGAUACUUAGUGUCCUGAUUAAGUGCCUUGUUACUCCUUGAUUUAAUUCUUAGAGUGUUAAAAUAAUGCUUUACUUAAUUUAGCAAAAGAGUGUCAUCUUUUAUGAAAGCAUUAAAGCACCUACUGUACCUGGAGCUUAGGAUGAAUGGCUGCUGUGAUGCUGCAUGUAACGCAGUCUCUUGGAUAGUCGAUGUUUUUAACCAUUGUAAACACCUCCACGAGUCCUCCUUCAAAUGUAGUACCUUUUAAAAUACAAGAACACCUGAGCGUAAAACGCUCCUGAAGGGCUUGAAAAUUUUGUAAUAGCAUAGCAAAGCAGCAACACUGUGUGUCUACCUGAGUUGAAGAAAUGGACCCAAUCCAGCAUGUGUUGCACCCCUGAUUUCAUCGUUGUAUAGAUGUUUGACCUCACCACACCAUGGGGUUGAGGGCCAAUCUCUAUGGCUGUAGAAAAACAAUCAUAUAUGACAACCAUGACAGACUGUCAGGCUUUCAGAUGCCUUUCAAUAACCAGUUGUCAUUUAAGAAAAACAAACUUACCAAAGCCGUGUUUCCCUAUUGAAUCAAGGGAAUAUGACUCUCUAUUGGAGACAUCAAAAUGGAUGUACCUCAUUGAUAUUUCUGGCAUCUGCCUCUGAAGUGACACAGGCUUAACUUCAGAUUUCUAGCAUGGUUGAGUCUAGUCACAUUAAGUCAAAUGAAUUAAAUUGUGUACAGUACAUUUCAAACAAGAGCUGUUCAACGUUCAAACACAGGCAAAAGAAAACAAAGUCAACUUUAUGAGUAAAAUCAUUUGGACUCGUGAGCAACGGUCGGUUCAGGGGGGGAAUAAAAACAACCAUGUAAAUUUGUGUUAUAAAAUAAUUUAAGCAUGUUUGAAAGUCAGCGCUUUGAAAAUGAAAGGGCACAAGAGAAGUUCGGCAAGUAUGGAGGACUACGUGAUCUCUAAAUCUUUAUGUGACAAGAACAUUACUAAAAAAUACUGAAUUUAAUUGUAGAUUAUCAUGGGCCAAGCUUUCCCACACAGGAACUCGGCAGGUACCAGAGAGUCGAAAAGAAACCAUCUGUUGUUAAAGUUUGAGCAAUAUCAAUAAAUCUAGUGACAUCUAGUUUUUGACUUCCUGGAAACUGCCGAACAGCCAGUAAAAACUGAGUCUGGCGAAACAAUUAAAGAUAGUGCAGUGCUUCCAAAUGCAAGGACCAAAGUGAGACUGUAUACAGGAAACGGGCAAGAGGCCCGAGAAUAGAGCCCUGAGGAUCUCCAAGUCCUACACCACCGAAGUGUCAUUAUUUUGAUCCCUACCAAUUGCUCACAUACAGUAAUAAUCUCAAUCUUACUUGUUUGAUGUAAUGUUGGAGCUCACUGUCAAGUCUUCCUUGGUGUUGCAGUAAAGGGAGCAUCCCAAUUAACACCUCUACAGUCUAGUGUUGCCCUGAUCUGAAGUAUCAGCAAUGACAAUGUCUGAAGUACAGACAGAGCCUGGGUCUAUCGAAGGUAGGGAUGCUAUAAGGUCUGUUUGGUAGGCUUUGUAACUAGUUAUUAAGGCAAAGCGCCAGGAUAUCAGUGCAACUGGGGGAUGGAGAAGUGAUUCUUGACUGAGUGCUUAUCAUUUUCUUGUGUUAAUUUUAAAUUGGAGCAGAUUCCAAAGAGUAUUUCCAUCAUACAAGGUGGAACUAGUUAAUCAGAGUGUCAGUAACCCUGACCUGGAUAGGCUGUAUUAAUACAAGAUGGGUUGGUGCAAGUACUUGCCUGCAGAUGUCUAAAUAUGUGCAGGCAGAUCCAGUCACAGUCGGAGUACGAGAUGAAGCACAGACCCAUGUUGGCAGUGGUGUUGUGGAGGUCACAAACAAGAUCCACAGCUUCACAGCUUCCUUUGGGUCCAAGCAAGGCAUUUAGAUCUCUGGAUCUGACCAUCUCGUAAGGAGGCUUGUCUGAUAAGGGAGAACUGAAAGACAGAGAUAAACCAGAUUGCAGGUCAUGAUAAAACACAGUCACUUCUUACUUAUUGACUUUCCCUUUGGGGAUCAAUAAGUUCUUCAUAUCUUAUCUUUUCUUGUCUUCGGCCUUACUUGAGGAUGGCGUGGGUGAAGCAACGGUUCAAAUCAGUGUCGAUGUAUCUGCUGCACCUCUGCAUGGCUUUUGGAUUUGCCAGAACUGUCAGCACCGACAUGGACUUUUUGUCCUCCUCCUCCUUUUCCUUCUCUGAUGUCUCUCUCUGUACUCUCAGGAGCUCUCUCACCAGAUACACCCCCGACAACUCAUUGCCAUGAGUGCCACCACAAACUGCAACCCGAGGCAACCUCGGCAAACACACCAACUCCAUCUGAGGCAAUGAAACAGUGAAAGAGACUCUAGUUUUGGGCAGCACAGGCACAAAAAGAGUUGCAUUUUCAUCCCAUUCUUCAGCUGUAUCUUUUUUUAUCAGGAUACGCUGGUGUUAAAUGAAAUCAGAGCACAUGUUUUCCCUCUCUUUUUGACUAAGUGGGAUGUAUCAGUUGCUCCAGCAUUGACUGAAGAGAACAGAGCAACACCGAGCAGAGAUAUUGAUUUUUUGAAACCUUACCUUACCUUUUUGCUGUGCUGGAAACUGUAAAGAGGUAGUUCUGGCUUUAACCUUUAUGAGAUUUCUGUUGACUAAAGCAGCCCUGAGAUUUAACGUCUCUCAACAGAGAAGAAAAGCUUGAGGGAAAACAGAGCAAACUGUCGGCUCCACAUUCAAUAAGACAGGAAAUGAAUGACGAAGCAUUAUACUGUGCAUCUUACCCACAGUACCCUGGCCGUUACCCUUCUCUCCCCUCUCCCUCACUGCUGUUUACCCUCUUCCACCCUCUCCUGGGCUUUCAUGCAGUUUCACUGAUUCAGCAUUUCCAUGUGAAGGGUUUAACUUCCUGAUUCAACCUGCAAAACUCUCACCGUCUUUCUACCACCUCUCGUCCGCCGCUCUGCACUGUACCACACGGUGUCAUAGGCAGGGUGUGUCCAGAGUGUGACGUUGAUGCAUCAGCCCUCAGUCCCAACUGCCGUGAGGUCCACCACUCACAGCUCCCUGUUUCUGUUUCUCUCUCACUCUCUGUCCUAUGUAUAGGAUGGUAGGUUCCAGUUUGCUUUUCAGAAGUUCGGCUGGAAAUAAUCUGCUGGCAUGACACAGCAGGAGAGGCGCCUGUAGUGUGUAGAGUGAAAGGAAGAGGGCUUCACUCAGGGAGAAUAACAAGUGAAUCAGCUGGGAGCUUAAAGAGAAUAGGGAUUUAGCUUUUAACCCAGCUUUCAUGAGUAACGCUGGUAUGUGGUUGCAUUUUCAUCCUGUGAAAUACCUUAUUCAUUCAAAAUUGGUUAAAAUUUUUGGGUUGUUUUCAUCACUUCAUGUUGUAUAGUUUCUUAAUUGUAGCAUAACUUGAGCAGUACUGGGUAUUACAGGCCAAUACAAGAAUAUAUUUUUCACAUAAGAGUCGGUGAUGAAUAAGUGGGAUUGAAGCCUCAUUGGUCAUUUCAUUUAAUCAGUGAGAAAAAGUUUGGGGCUGGAGCCAGCUAAAGAUCUAUGAACAAAAUGUAAAAGAUGAUGAAAAUAAUGCUGGUUGAAUGGAGAUCUUUGCAGGAGAAUCUGAGAGGUAAAGAGCUUGGACUUAAUCAGCUGGACAUCAAAAUUAAACAGUAUUCCUGCAAGAGGGAGUAUAUACACCAAUGAAAGAAAUUUUAUUUAAUAAAAUGCCUUUUGAAAGCAAAGUUACAAGGAGCUCAAAAAAUAACAAAAUAAAAAUGACUUUUUUGCCAUUUUUUUUCCAGGGGAGGGGGUUCUUC